UUUGAAAAGUGGAAACUUGAGGGAUUGGAGGAUAAACUUCGACUUUGGCACGGAUGCUGUUGGAUGUUGGCACGACUUUGCGCGCGCUUUAGCCUCUGAUCCAUCUCGACAUAUGGCUUAUUCACAGCUGGGUUACUCCGUCUCUACCACCCCACAGUUUCUGAUGACCUCCACCUCCCUGGCCGGUUGCCUAGAUUCGGGACCCCCUGUGUCCCAUUCGGUGCUGCGUUCCACAAGCCACCAGCUCCUUCCCGGCACCGGCAUCGGGGUGUACAGCGGCACUUAUCCAAAGAGCCAAGGAUAUUAUAACGCCUCCUCUGGAGACUCCACCACCUUCUGUUCCAGAGGUCCACUAGAUCCUAAAGAUGGAGGUGGAUCUGUGCAUAUGGGAACCUCUCAAACUCCUGCCUACUAUCCUUAUGAAUACACAUUCGAACAAUAUCCUUAUGACAGAUAUGGAUAUUGUUGCUCUGAUGGGGCUGCACGCCGUAAGAAUGCCACCCGGGAAACCACCAGCACCCUGAAGGCCUGGCUGCAGGAGCACCAGAAGAACCCUUAUCCCACCAAAGGAGAGAAGAUCAUGCUCGCCAUCAUCACCAGAAUGACACUAACACAGGUGUCUACAUGGUUUGCAAAUGCACGCAGGAGGCUGAAGAAGGAGAACAAAGUGACGUGGUCACCGCGGGCUUGUAAGAGCUCUGAUGAUCCCAGCUGUGAUCAAGAUAGAGAUGAAGCUGAGAAGCCGCUUAAAACGGACAAAGUCCUGCCCGCAGAUCUGCAGAGUGAUCUGGAGGAUUUCGACCUGAUGGAGUCGGAUGGUUCUGACUGUGAACCCAAACAGCAGGUCGCUACGGACAACGAUGAAGCAAACCCAACUGAAGAUCUCCACCAGGGGUGCCUCACCCAUAACCCACUGCAUGGGAAAGAGUGGCUAUCCCCGGACUGUUCCAAACUCACACGGGCACAACUCGAGAACAGUUCUUUCUAUAAUCCAGAGAGCAAGACGAAAAUCUGGUCCAUCGCCCGCACUGCUGCAUCUGUGGAGCCCAGCUUGCAGCUGGAGUACCCGCCCUGUAUGGUGCCACUGAGCACAUCCUCCUGCCCUGGUUUUUUAUCACAUGUAGGGCAAAGCCAGGCAGACAGGCGGCAGGAAUCACCGGUCACCACACUCAAAGAAUGGGUGGACGGAGUCUUUCAUGGUCCACCUUUCUUACAACCCAAAGCAGUUGCAGAGUGGAAAGACUUAAAUGGUGCGGUCAUGGACAGAAGCGGAUCAGGACAAUACUCUGAACAUGUCAGGUCCACAACUGUUUUGUAGUCCACACUGUGGCAACACAACACGAUUUUUGCAGCUGUGAAAUGAAGCCUGAACAGUGUGUGAUUAUUCCACGCUGGUAUUUUAAGACCCUC